UUAUUACGCAUUACGAGUGUACGACCGAUUUUUGAUGAUUACAAUUUACAACAUAUUAAAACGUUUAUUAAAAUCUAUUGUGUUUGACUAUUUGUGUUAAAAAUCGUAUUUCGCGUUCGUGUCGUGAACCGACUGGACACAUGACGUUUUGACGUUGUAGCCGUGAAGUUAACUGUUUAUAAAUAUUGUUAUUAAAAAACAACAGCUAGUUUUUGUCUUAUCGUAGUAAUGUAAUAUGGGUUAAUAUUCGAAUUAUCGGCUGUGGUACGAUCUGAAUAUUAUUGUAAAUUUAUAUACCGUUCGUCGUUGAAAAGUUGAACCGUCUUAUGGUUGAUGUUGAUCACGUUACUACGUUAGUUGUUCGUGUUUCGUAGUUCACAGUGGGCAGUGACCAAAAAUGGCAGACCAUAAUUAUUGUGAUAAUGAGAAUGUAUUAAAAUUCACUGAACCAUCUAAUAGUGACAAUUAUGAAUCAAAAUGUGUAAUAUCCGUGUCAGAUGAUCCUGAGUAUGGAGAAGUACCUAAAUCUGGCCCUCAGACAAGGCUUAAAUCAAAAAUUAAAUCAGAACAAAUUCAAUCCACUUGGUCACCAGUUCGCACUGCUCCAGGUUUACGACCAAAUUGCACAAUAUUUUAUGAUGGAAAUGGAUUUGCUUACCAUAACCAUAAAAUUGCAAAUAAUAAAAAGUAUUUAAAAUGUACACAAAAAAGUAUUAAAAAGAAACCAUGUCCAGCUAGAGCAGUUAUUAGAAAUCACGAUAAUAUGAUUCGUCAUUCAGGAGAACCACACACACAUAAACCAAGAAACUAUGAUGAAGAUUUAUUGAAGAGAAAUUUUUUAAUGAAAAUUAGAGAAAGAGCAAUCAACGAGAACACACCUAAUAGAGCAAUUUUUGAUGAAGAAAUAAAAAAAACACCAAAACUUAGAGGUAAAGUUACCUUUUCGAGCACUGCAAGAAGGAUGCAGAGAUUUCGUCAACCACAAAAAAUGCAGGGUCCAUUAUUUCCUAUAGAAGACAAUGAACUCAUUGAUGCAAUAAAUGAUUUUAAAAAUAUUCCACUUGAAGAAAGUACUACUAGUGAUGGUCAAGAGUGUAAAUCUGAUAUAAUAUUUAAUGCUGAGAAUCAUAUAGAAGUUAUAGAAGUUGAUGACAUUGAUAUGGAAAGUAAUGAAUAUACUGAUGAGGUUGAAAGUGAAGCUUUCAAUGAAAAAGAUGACAAAGAGAAUGUUUCUAAAAAUAUUAAAAAAGAAACAGAUAAAACUGUGAAUAUGUUUUGUUGUAUUUAUUGUAAUAAGUGGCAAGAACCUCAACUUUUUGAAUUUGUCCCUAAUCAAAAAUCUAAAACAAUUGAAUUAAAAGAAAAAGAAGAGAAAAAAAAUGUAUCAUUACCUAUUAAUCGUUCUAGUCCAGUAACUAUUGAUAAUUCCUCAGAAAAUACAUUAAAUAAUAAUCAAACUUCUACAAGUUCUACAAUUGAAGAUUCUGAAGUUCACGAAGAUGUAUCUGAAAAUAAUGAUGCUAAUAAUGACAUAAUAUGUAAACAAGAAAAUAAUAAUUUAGAUGUAGGUACUGAUAUUCCAGAAACUUCUAAUCUAGACACACCUGAAUUUUGUAAAUCAUCUGGCCUAGAAAAAAAAAAAAAAGUUGAACGCAAAUUAGGAUUUUUGCAAAUGCGAAUUGAUUCAACAAUAUAUUUUGAUAAUAUGGGUUAUAGUUAUCAAAUUCAAAAUGAAAAAAAUGACAAGAAGUACUUAAGAUGUGUUGUUUGGGGUAAAAAGAAAUGCCCAGGUCGAGCCCAUUUAAACAUAAAAACAUUGAAUAUUAUUAGAUCUAGAGGACACAAUCAUUUACCAUCAUCUAAUUGUGAUGCUGAAAAACAAGCUAGAGCAUUUUUGCAUGCUAUUAAACAAAGGGCUCAAGAAGAAAAUACUCCUUUAAAAACUAUUUAUUCAGAAGAAAUAAAGAACUUUCCUCUUGCUAAUACUGUGGUUAAUUAUGCAAAUGCUACCAGACGAAUGCAACGGACAAGAAGAUUAAAAAAUCAACCUAGUACGGUAUUAGAUAAAGAACCACCAUUACUAUUAUCCGUUCAAGUGAUACCAGGUACUCGACGUGGUACAUCUUUAUAUUUAGAUGAACUAGGUUAUUAUUACCAUAAUGAUGCAUUAACGAACAGUGGAAAAAUAGUAAGAUGUACCAAAAAUAGAAAAACAGCAACUGAUGAAGCAUGUCAUUCGAGAGGAUAUAUGCGUGCUUCUGGAGAUGGAUUUGUCAUUUAUAGAACUAAAGAGCAUAAUCAUCCACCAGGAGAUCUUAAGAGAAAUCCAUUAGAACGAUCGUUCAUUAAUACCUUAUGUGAACGAGCACGAAAUGAACUUCAUUUGGGUCUUAAAGAUAUUUACAAUGAAGAAGUCGAAAGGUUUCUUGAUGUAGCAGAUAAAAUUCCUUAUCGAAUGGCAUGGCGAAGUAUGGCUAGAACGAGGCAACCUCCUAAAGCAUCUGGGGAAGUUAAACUAGUUAGUGUAAAAGUUGUUUCAGGAAUUUGGGAUGGAUAUACACUUUAUCGAGAUGAAAUAGGAUUUUUGUAUUCAAUGAGGAAAGGAAGAAAACUUGCAUGGUGUCAAAUGAAUACAAAAAUAAAAUGUUUAGUUAAAGGCACAAUAUCAGUUGAGAAUGAUACUACAAUGUUAGAGUUUACUGGAGAACAUAAUCAUCCACCAUUGGGCGAUGAUGAGUUUCAAGCAGCUAUGUUUCUUGAAAGAAUUAUGGUUAGAAGUGUGGAAGAAAACGGUAAACCAAAAAAAUUCUAUGAUGAAGAAUUAGUCAACUUUCCCGGUGCUGAUAAACGUAUAACAUUGUCAUAUGCACGUGAGAAAAUAAAAGCUAGGAGAAAAAGUGCUUUGAAAAAAAGUACAACCCAUGAAACGUUAGAAACUAUUUGUGAACCGUUGCAUUAUGUUGAAUUUUGGGAUGAUGACCCUAAUUCUAUCGACUUAACUGAAGAUGUUUUAUCUGACGAUGAAGAUUUUAGUGAAAAGUCAAAAGAUUUUAAUAUUUACUCAGAUGAACAAGGAUUCAAAUUUUCUUUAGUCAAUGUAAAAGAUGAAGCUAGAUAUUUAGAAUGUAUUAUGAAGUACAAUGGAUGUGAUGCCACAGGAGAAAUGUUUAAAGGUGAAAAUGAUGAGUGGCUAUUUAUUCCUAAUAGCGAUCCUCACAACCAUUUACCUCAUGAAGAUCAACCAAAUGAUGUACAGAAUGAGUCUACAGAUGAUUAAUAUCGUUUUAUUUACUUUUUUCACUAAUAUUAUAUAUUUUUUUUUUUUGCUUAAAGUGUUUUAUAACAAAUUUUCUUAUUCAAUCUAUUAUUUUACUAGUGAUACAUAAUAAUAAAAAAAAAUGUUUUAAUAACACAAAUAUAAUGAAUUUAUUAUAAAGCAUUUAAAUUUUACUAUAUAUUAUUAUGUAUAAUCUGAUAUUAUUUAAUUUCACAAUUUAAAGUAAGUAUAUAGAGUGUAAUUAUGAAUUCUAACUAUUUGAUUAUCUUAAAAUAUAAUUAGUAGUCAGCGAAUUUUUUUCAGAAAUGUUAAGUUUAUUAAUUUAUCAUUUUUUCACAUUUUGUUUAUACCUCAGAAUAUAUUUUAUAAAUUUUUGCUCUUAAGAGGAUGCUAUACUCGCAUGCGAUAUCUCCAUUUAACUUCUUUAUGCUUAAUAUUAUAAUUUAUUUAUUUAUUAUAAACUUUUGAAAGUAAGAAUAUUAUCUAGUGAAUCUCAUCUCUAUUCUUAUAUUUUAAUUUUAAAGCAAGUUAUAAAUAUUUUUAAAUGUUAUAAUUUUCAUAAGCAUCUUUGAAAUUCAAUUAUAAAAAAUAAACCCUGUUAACUUGAUAAUAAUCUUAUUUUUAAAUUUUAUAUCGGGGAAAUUUAUUGUAAUAUUAAGCAUAAAAGAGUUCAAUGAAUUUUUCAGAAAACACAAUUUCUAUAUUAUGUAUUUGUAAGAUGAAUACAACUCAUGUAAGUGUAGCAUCCUUAUAAAAGUAACAGUUUAUAAAAUAUCUACUAAGAAAAAUAUAUAGAAUGUAAAAAUAUCAUAAAUAAAUGUAUUUAUAACAUUUUUGAAGUAUUUACCUUAUUUUUAUUGUAGUAAAAAAAUAUUAUGUAUAUAAUUUAUAAAAUAGUAGGUUAUUAUUGGUUAAAUGUAUUUUAUUUUUGAUUUAAAUAUAAUUUUUUUCAUUAUUUAUACAGUUA